AGAGAACAGCAUUUACCGUAUAAUUCGCGAGCCAAUGAAAAGGAGUAGCAGCAGCUCUGCGCCAAUGGAAUAAACCCACGACCGGAAUUACUAUCAGAUUACAAGCAUCACAUAUGUGGAUGACAAAAGACGAUUAUGGUGUAGUACUCCUACUGUGCUGAUUGGCCGCGGUCAUUUGUGUCAAUUUGUGUUGUUUCAGAAGUUUGAGUUGGGGUGGUCGGUGCGGUUCGGAAUUCGGAAGACGACAUUCUGUUAAAGCGUUCGUUACAAGUUCGCUACGUUCGUUACGAUUGCGCUUCUAAGGAGUAGAUUUUGCAUGUUCGCUAUGCUUCAUUAGGCAACAAUGUUUGAUGUUAUCUGAGUCCCUAUCUGUGGCCUAAAGUCGACACCAUUGAAAAUCGGACAUAGUGAGAUAACCAGCAAGUUUUACAUGGUUGUUUGUCAAUUGAGGUAAUUGUACAAAACAUGACAGAUCUAGCACAUCUUCAAGGAUAUUUGGCAUCAAUUUGGCUAUUUUUCCUUGCUGCAGAAAUUCAUAUAAAUGAUGCCACAUCCUCGCUGAGUUCUGCUGACGUGGAUCAGCACCUAGAGAUGGGGCUGAGGCUGCUGAGUCAGGGACAGCUUCAGGAUGCCCUCACACACUUCCAUGCUGCCAUUGACGCCGACCCGCAGAACUACCUGUCGUACUACCGUCGGGCCACCGUGUACCUGGCGCUGGGUAAGGCCAAACAGGCGCUGCCGGACCUCCAGCAGGUGCUCAAGAUGAAGCCCGACUUCCUGGCGGCGAGGUUACAGAGGGGCAACGUUCACCUCAAACUGGGAAAUCUGGACGAGGCACAUAUCGACUUUGAGGAUGUGCUGCGGCGCGACCCGUCGAACGCCGAGGCGCUGCAGGCGUACUCGACCAUCGACCAGGUGCGGGCGGACGUGCGCGAGGCGCAGCAGGCGCUCCACUACGGCGACCACCACACGCACAUUGCGCUGCUCUCGCGCGUGCUGGAGGUGUGCUCGUGGUCGGCGCCGCUGCGGCAGCUGCGCGCCGACAGCUACGUGGCCGUGGGUGACCUGAUCGCGGCGCUCAGCGACCUGCGCGCCACCACCAAACUGGUGACCGAUAACCGGGCCGGUCACCUGCAGAUCGCCAAGCUGCACUACCGGCUCGGCGAGGCGCACGAGUCGCUCAGCGAGGUGCGCGAGUGUCUGAAGCUGGAUCAGGACGACAAGCAGUGCCACGAACACUACAAGAAGGUGAAGAAGGUGGUGAAGGCGCUGGACAACUCGCAGGAGCACCUGGACCGCGAGGACUUCGCCUCGUGCUCGCGCUCGGCCAGCAAGGUACUGGACGCCGAGCCGACAGAGCCGGCGGUGCGGUACCGCGGCCUGGAGCGUAUGUGCACGUGCCAGGUGCGAGAGGGCGCCUCAGAGGCCGUCUCCACGUGCACGCGGGCCAUAGAGCUGGACAGGGAGCCGCGCAUCUACUGCGAGCGAGCUGAGGCCUAUCUGAACGACGACCUCUUCGAUGAGGCCAUUCGAGACUACCAGCAGGCGCUGGAGAUGGACGAAGGAUAUCAGAGGGCUAAGGAAGGUCUCGGGAAGGCACAGAAGAAACAAAAACUAAAAAAGAAGAGGGACUAUUACAAAAUCCUCGGUGUCAAAAAGACAGCAUCAAAGAAAGAGAUUAACAAGGCGUACAGGAAACUGGCCCAGCAGUGGCACCCGGAUAACUUUGCGACCGGCGACGAGAAGGACAAGAAGAAGGCGGAGGCCAUGUUCAUCGACAUCGCGGCAGCCAAGGAGGUGCUCUCCGAUCCCGACAAGCGGCGCAAGUUUGACGCCGGAGAGGACCCGCUCGACCCGGAGUCGGAGGCGGGCCGCGGCUUCAACCCGUUCGAGCAGGGCUUUCACGGUUUUCACGGCGGCCAGGGCGGCGGGCCGUUCCACUUCAAGUUCCACUUUAACUGAGCGCCGCGUGUGCCGGCGGGCGGCGCGGCGCGCCUGUGAUAUGGGUGUCCAGCGGCCCGGGACGGCCGGUCGGCGGGCAGCGCUCCCCCACGGCGGGAGAGGCUCGCUACCUCGUGUGCAUUUACGCGUCUCGUCCGAAGCGCCGCGGUAGCCAGAGACCGACUCGAGGGUGCGGCGCCGCGCCGGUCCACGACUGAGUGUGGACUGUGGACUGUCCACCGUCUGAGAGUGGAUUGACUGCGCGCCGGCCGGCCGGACCCGGGGCCGUGCCGGGAGGCGGGACCGAUCGGGGACCUGUCCGGUGAUAAACACUAACAGUGUCGCGUGCGGGACGGCGCGGCGGCGGUGCCUUGGCUCGGUGGUAGUAGGAUCGGGAGUGUGAGUUUGUGUGUGCGGGUAUGUCCGUGUGCCGGGCGCCACUGAGCCGCCUGGUCCCCACAGUGGCUGUACAAACUGACUCGCAAAGUGCCGGCGGCCUCCACCGCUGGCCGAAGCUCAUGACCUACUGCAAUCCGCUGUGACCUGCAUCGCUAGGGGAGGGCAUCAGAGAAGCUAGGGUUUAUAAUUUAGUUUCAAAAUCGUAUUUUGCGGAUGCUAGGCCGCACUUGAUGAUAGGUUUGGUGCUCGAUUGGGGAUUACCGGCCGAUGCAGGGGGAGGGGAGUUGGCAAUCGGCCGUUUCUCGGGUAUCCCCUCCGCGGGAGUUCAAACUCGGUUAUUUGAUUUGUCGACUUACGUUCGCGUGCACAUAAGCUGUUUAUGUGGAAAUGUGAAACAAAGGGUUCUGAAAUAUAUGUAUGCCAUAUA